AGCUUUUCCGACAUGCACAUCCCAGCUGCUCUCCCUGACGCUGUUUCACUCUUACUUCGGAUAUGAAUAUUGACAGAAAUGUGGAUUUAGUGGAUUUGAGCAACGGCCUCGAAAAUGUUCCUGUUUUUACUGAACGGAGUUCAGCCGUAAUGACGUUUCCUGAAUUUCAGUAUUCCCCAGAUAAUGUUCAGGGACCAGGUUGCACCAUUGACCCCAGUGAAGUAACCCUUCCUGGAUGCUCCUGUCUCUCCCACUCCUGCUUCACUGAGAGCUGCUCCUGCCUGCAGACUCAUGGGCAGGCGUACGACAGUGCAGGCACAGUGCUGAACCUUAGCAGGACGAACUCUGGCUACUGCUUGCCUGUGUUUGAGUGCAAUGCCCUUUGCACCUGCAGUGAUGCCUGCUGUAACCGGGUGGUGCAGAGAGGGCCAAGACUCAGACUAGAGGUUUACAGCACCGAGAACAGGGGCUGGGGAGUAAGAACAUUAGAGGCAAUCCCACAUGGGACAUUUGUGUGCGAGUAUGCAGGAGAGGUGAUCAGUUUUGAGGAGGCCAGACUCAGACAGCUUGCCCAGAGAUCUGAGGAAAAUAACUACAUCAUUGCCGUAAGGGAGCAUGCAGGUACAGGCUCCAUCACGGAGACAUUUGUGGACCCUGCCAUGGUGGGAAAUGUAGGCCGUUUUCUCAACCACUCCUGCCAGCCCAACCUGUUCAUGCAGCCAGUCCGUGUGCACUCUGUGGUUCCCAGGCUGGCGCUGUUUGCUGGACGGAACAUUGAUGCGCAAGAGGAGCUGACGUUUGACUACUCCGGAGGAUACAGUAAUCAACCACCUGUAGAGAUGCUGUCCACACAAAAUGAUGCUGCCAUACAGGCCAGCAGGACAGAUGGACUCCAGAGGAAAGAGUGCCACUGUGGUGCCAACAACUGUGUUCAGUUCCUCCCGUUGGAUUUAUCGAUUAUCAAGUGAAGUAAAUGAAAUUAAAUGUCGUGUCAUAUUUGUUUUUAUCUGAAUGUAUAAAGAUGGAUUCAUUUCUGAGAGAUGAAGAAAAGAUUUUUAUCAAA